AUGUUGUACUCAAGUCGAGGAGACCCAGAGGCUCCGCAUCUACUGCUCUCGCUUACGAUCCUAGCGAUCUGGAAGGUGGGGAGCGGCCAGGUCCACUACUCCGUCCUGGAGGAGGCUAAACACGGCACCUUCGUGGGCCGCAUCGCGCAGGACCUGGGGCUGGAGCUGGCGGAGCUGGUGCCGCGUCUGUUCCAGUUGGAUUCCAAGGGCCGCGGGGACCUUCUGGAGGUAAAUCUGCAGAAUGGCAUUUUGUUUGUGAAUUCUCGCAUCGACCGCGAGGAGCUGUGCGGGCGGAGCGCGGAGUGCAGCAUCCACCUGGAGGUGAUCGUGGACAGGCCGCUGCAGGUUUUCCAUGUGGACGUGGAGGUGAGGGACAUUAACGACAACCCGCCCUUGUUCCCAGCAACACAAAAGAAUCUGAUCAUCGCGGAAUCCAGGCCGAUUGACUCUCGGUUUCCACUAGAGGGCGCGUCCGACGCAGACAUCGGGGAGAACGCCCAGCUCUCUUACAGACUGAGCCCCAAUGAAUAUUUCUCUCUGGACGUGCCAACCAGCAACCAGCAGGUAAAACCUCUUGGACUUGUAUUACGGAAACCUCUAGACAGAGAAGAAACUCCGGAGCUUCAUUUAUUGCUUACGGCCACCGACGGAGGCAAGCCUGAACUGACUGGCACCGUUCAGUUACUCGUCACGGUACUGGACGUCAAUGACAAUGCCCCAGUGUUCGACAGAACCCUCUAUACGGUGAAAUUACCAGAAAACGUUUCUAUCGGAACGCUGGUGAUUAACCCCAAUGCCUCAGAUUUAGACGAGGGCUUGAAUGGGGACAUUAUUUACUCCUUCUCCAGUGAUGUUUCACCAGAUAUAAAAUCCAAGUUCCACAUGGACCCCGUAAGUGGGGCAAUCACAGUGAUAGGACAUAUGGAUUUUGAAGAAAGCAGGGCACACAAGAUCCCAGUAGAGGCUGUCGAUAAAGGUUUCCCACCACUGGCUGGUCAUUGUACAGUUCUUGUGGAAGUUGUGGAUGUUAAUGACAAUGCUCCACAGUUGACUAUCAAAACCCUGUCGGUUCCUGUAAAAGAGAACGCACAACUAGGUACAGUUAUUGCCCUGAUCAGUGUGACUGACCUAGACGCGGAUACCAACGGGCAGGUGACCUGCUCCCUAAUGCCCCACGUCCCUUUCAAGCUGGUGUCCACCUUCAAGAAUUACUACUCAUUGGUGCUGGACAGCGCCCUGGACCGCGAGAGCGUGUCGGCCUACGAGCUGGUGGUGACCGCGCGGGACGGGGGCUCGCCUUCGCUGUGGGCCACGGCCAGCGUGUCCGUGGAGGUGGCCGACGUGAACGACAACGCACCGGUGUUCGCGCAGCCCGAGUACACGGUGUUCGUGAAGGAGAACAACCCGCCGGGCUGCCACAUCUUCACUGUGUCCGCGCAGGACGCGGACGCGCAGGAGAACGCGCUGGUGUCCUACUCGCUGGUGGAGCGGCGGGUGGGCGAUCGCGCGCUGUCGAGCUACGUGUCGGUGCACGCGGAGAGCGGCAAGGUGUAUGCGCUGCAGCCGCUGGACCACGAGGAGCUGGAGCUGCUGCAGUUCCAGGUGAGCGCGCGCGACGCGGGCGUGCCGCCUCUGGGCAGCAACGUGACUCUGCAGGUGUUUGUGCUGGAUGAGAACGACAACGCCCCGGCGCUGCUGGAAUCUCGGAGGAGUGGCACUGGCGGUGGCGCGGUGAGCGAGCUGGUGCUGCGGUCGGUGGGCGCCGGCGAGGUGGUGGGGAAAGUGCGCGCAGUGGACGCAGACUCAGGCUACAAUGCGUGGCUUUCUUACGAGCUGCAGCCGGAAGGGAUCAACACGCGCAUCCCAUUCCGCGUGGGGCUGUACACCGGCGAGAUCAGCACCACACGGGCCCUAGAGGAGACGGAUGCUCCGCGCCAGCGCCUCCUAGUGCUGGUGAAAGACCACGGGGAGCCUGCGCUGACGGCCACUGCCACCGUUCUGGUGUCGCUGGUGGAGAGCGGCCAGGCACCAAAGGCAUCGUCACGAGGGUCAGUGGGUGCCACUAGCCCCGAGGUGACGCUGGUGGAUGUCAACGUGUACCUGAUCAUCGCCAUCUGCGCGGUAUCCAGUCUGCUGGUGCUCACGCUGCUGCUGUACACAGCACUGCGGUGCUCAGCGCUGCCCAUCGAGGGUGAGUGCGCGCCGGGCAAGCCCACGCUGGUGUGCUCCAGCGCAGUGGGAAGUUGGUCUUACUCGCAGCAGAGGAGGCAGAGAGUGUGCGCUGGCGAGGGUUCACCAAAGACCGACCUCAUGGCCUUCAGCCCGGGCCUUUCUCCUUGUGCUGGAUCUACAGAGCGAACGGGAGAACCCUCUGUUUCUUUAGAUUCAUCUGGGAAGCCACGACAGCCCAACCCUGACUGGCGUUACUCUGCCUCCCUGAGAGCAGGCAUGCACAGCUCUGUGCACCUAGAGGAGGCUGGCAUUCUACGGGCUGGUCCAGGAGGGCCUGAUCAACAGUGGCCAACAGUAUCCAGUGCAACACCAGAACCAGAGGCAGGAGAAGUGUCCCCUCCGGUUGGUGCGGGUGUCAAUAGCAACAGCUGGACCUUUAAAUACGGACCAGGCAACCCCAAACAAUCCGGUCCCGGUGAGUUGCCAGACAAAUUCAUUAUCCCAGGAUCUCCUGCAAUCAUCUCCAUCCGGCAGGAGCCCACUAACAGCCAAAUUGACAAAAGUGACUUCAUAACCUUCGGCAAAAAGGAGGAGACCAAGAAAAAGAAGAAAAAGAAGAAGGGUAACAAGACCCAGGAGAAAAAAGAGAAAGGGAACAGCACGACUGACAACAGUGACCAGUGAGGUCCUCGAAUGGAAACAAGCCACUUAGCCAGUUUUUGUAAUAAUGGCAAAUCUCUCCCAUGUAGCAACUCCCUGCUCCUUUCUCCUAUCUACAUGAGCCCUUUUAGAGACCUCAGAAAUCUGCAGAAAGUUCCCUGUGUCUGUCUAGAACGCAUUUAACAGGUUUUGUCUUAAAAGCUUUACUAAGUCUGGUGUUAACUCUUUCUCUCCACUCUGGCUUGUUUUCAGAACCUAAAAAGCAGACCCAAGUUUCCUUUCUCCUCCGCCGCAAAGGAGAGGCUUCCCAGCCCCGCCAGUGAGAGGUUGGACUCUCUGCCCUGUGCUCCGGGGAUCCUGUCUUGAUGACACUUGCAGGGCAGGCUGAAAAGUUUUGAGAUUGAGCAGCUUGGGUAUUUGUGGUCACUGGGUAUGUGUGGCCACCGUGGGUAUGGAAGUGCCAGAUAUUGGCUGAGACGGGCCAGCUUAGACUAAUUGGUACAAGGAAGGCGAGAAAACAAAGACAAAUAAACAGCGGAAGUUAUCAGUGUGGAGGGGAAGUGUAAACUAAAAGGGACCAGACUUUCUAAAUCUUGUAACUCAAGAGGUGGUGGCCACCCUCUAGGAGACACAACUACUCCCACUGACAAGGCUUUAGGACACCCUAAAGUCUGUUGGCUGUGAUGUCAUUAUACCUAAAAUCUGCAUCAUACCUUCAAGCCAACAGUUCAGUGUUUAACAGAGAACCAUCCUGGGAAACAGAAGCAGAUCUGAUAUGUUUCCUAUUCAUUUCCUGUGCUCACUUUAUUAAAAAUUCUUUUGCACACAAUGUUUAUGAAAAGGGCAGAUCCUUUUCCAAUACUUAUGCAAAAGCAAAAGAAAACCCCGACACCUCACCUUUCGCUGUUUGUUGUUUCAUAGAUUUAUUUAAAAAAAGAGAAAGUCUAUAGCUAUAAAUCUUUAAAGAGAAAUAUGAAUACAAUUCCCCUAAACUCUCCUCAAAAGAGAAUUCAGUCUACAGCCAUUUAAAUGAUCAUUGCUGCUACAGAAGUGCUUUAAGAGAAUUGCCUGAAACAUCUGUAUUAUAUCGGCCACCUGCCAAUCACAGCUUUACUCUUUCAGGUCACUCUGGGGCUGCCUCUUGCAUGUAUUAAUUACUAAAUAAAAUUAUCUCUUUCUCUCUCUCUUUUCUAAGAAACAAUUAUGUGCACUUUGAUACACAACCUUCUCUAACCAACUAUAUCGAGACCCAAAAAUUAAAGAAAAAUAUUGUUUUCUCAUAGAGUGAGCAGAUUUUUCAGCCCUCUAAUUCUGUGACUUGUCUUGGUGUGCUAGCCUACACCUUCUCUUUGGUUUAGUUUUCCUUUUCUAUAACACUCUGAAUUGCUAAUCUUACUAACACCUAUGAUGUUACCUGAAAUCAAUCUCCCAUAUGUAUGCUGUAUGCUAUUAUAAGACUCCUGAAAUAUACUUACUCUGUGCUUGUGUAUGUGAAUGUUAAUGCAACUAUUACCUAGAGUGAACUUUAAGCUUUAUUGUUGAAUGUAAUUCCAUUAUAUUUCCUUUUGUACACCUGUGAAAAAGUGGAGUAGUGUUUUUUUAACCAUUGUUAAUCAGCUUUUGUGUAUGAAAGAUACAGUAAAAUUUCUUUCUUAAAUCAAGAUACUGGUGAUUCAAGGAAUUUUAUUUAUGGUCCAGCCAAGAGCCAUCUCUUGCCAAGACUCCUGCUGGCAAGAGAACGGAUAAAGCUGUUUUUUUCUAGUAACAAUUUUGGAAUGAAUACUGACAAUAUUCCAUGAGGGUGUGCAAGCACAAAUUUGACCAAUCUGACCUCUUUGAAGUUGUAGAAUGCUUUGAAAUUCUAAUGGUUUCUGAAAUAUCAGCUCAUAGAAAGUAAUACAAUUUACUGUCACCUUAAAUAAGACAUUUUAAUUUUGUUACAAUGUACAAUUUAGAAGUUUGAUUAAUUAUAUUAUCUAUUUAGGUGUUAAUAUAAAAGAGGUAGGAGUCUGUGAUUUAAAAACAAAGCAUUAAAU